GGCGCAGUUCCUCCGGCCGCCCUCACUUCCUCCGGCGAGGCGAGGCGGGCGGCGGCGGCGGCCCAGCGAGCGAGCGAGCGAGCGACAUGAGCUCAGACUUCUGAAGCUUGGAGGAACGUGCCCGCGAGCGGAAAUGCAGAGCAUCAAGUGCGUGGUGGUGGGCGACGGAGCCGUGGGCAAGACCUGCCUCCUGAUUUGCUACACAACCAACGCCUUCCCCAACGAGUACAUCCCCACGGUCUUCGACAACUACAGCGCGCAGAACACGGUGGACGGCAGGACUAUAAACCUUAAUUUAUGGGACACGGCUGGCCAGGAGGAGUACGACCGCCUCCGGACACUUUCCUAUCCCCAGACCAACGUCUUCAUCAUCUGCUUCUCCAUCGCCAGCCCGCCGUCCUACGAGAACGUGAAGCACAAGUGGUACCCGGAGGUGUGUCACCACUGCCCCGACGUGCCCAUCCUGCUGGUGGGCACCAAGAAGGACCUCCGGGCCAACCCGGAGGCCCUGAAGAAACUGAAGGAGCAGAACCAGCUGCCCAUCACCACCCAGCAGGGCAUCAGCCUCUCCAAGCAGAUCCACGCCAUCAAGUACAUGGAAUGCUCUGCGCUCAACCAGGACGGGAUCAAGGAAGUCUUCACCGAGGCCGUGAGGGCCGUCCUCAACCCGGCUCCCGCCAAGCCCAAGAAGCCGUGCGUGCUCUUGUGAAGGGUGCUUUCCGAGCCUCUUGUCCAGCCCCCGCUGCAAACCGGCGCUCCCCGGAGGCGGCCGUGUCCCAUCCCGCUGCCCCGCGGGGCACAGGCGCUGGCUUCCGCCUGCUUUGCUCUGGAUGAUUCUGCCAUGACUCACCCUCUCCGCUCGCUGGCUCCAGCUUUUCGGCCCUGACUUCCCCUCCCUCUGCAGAAAAGGUACCCGGAGACUGAGGCGGGAGGCGGGUCACAGCUGCGCGGACGCACGGGCCGCUUCUCUGAGAUAACUGUCCUCCCUCGCCGCAAAGCCAAGCCGCUUCCCGUUCGCCUGUCGGCAGCUCACUUCUGCCCUACAAGGCGAAGGCUCUUCUGCUGCCCGGCGCUCCGUCCAGCCUCGGCCUGAGCCAAAAGCCCCUCGAAGGCACCAGCCGGGAAGACGGCCGAGGGGGCCUGGCCAGCCUCCUGCUUCAGCGCCCCGCCACCCUGUGCUCCGGUGCAGCCCCGACAGACCCUGCCAGAGCGGACGGGGCGCAGCAACGCAGCUGCCGAGGCAGAAUUAAGGCGGCCUUCUGCGUAACUCCAGGUUGACUCCCGCAGCUGCCACCAAGGAAGCCGCAGUGGCAGCCACUGGAGUCUCAGGAGGAAGGCCCUGAACCCCAGGCCCCCGCCACCCCCAGGCCCCUUCCCUCCCCCUCCUGCCCCCCCUUUCUUGGAGCUGGUCCCUCCCAAGCGCUUGCUCUAGGAAUCCACAACCACUUCGCAGAGCAGGACCUCCAGCCUGCGGGCCGAUUGCUGGCCCCCUUCAUUUGCGGGAAGCUGCGCGGUCCCUCCUGGAGAGCAGCCACCCCCAGGGUGGGAGGCUCAGCCAGGCCAACUGCCAGCCGCUCCCCCAGUAUUUCCUCGGGGAAGGGGAAACCCUGCUUCUCCCCAGCUUGGCAGAAAUGGGCUCCGUGCGGAGGAUGCGCGCACUUCACAGGGAGGGGAGGGAGGACCGGCGCUGCGCUUCCCCAGGCACAGCACAGCCCAUGGCCCUUCCCUCUGCAGGCCACCUCCGGACUCUGACGGAACCCUCUGAGCGGCCGGCCCAGUUCUGGGGCCAGCUCCACGGUCAUGUGAACGAGGAACCCGCCUGAGUGGUCCGAGCGCCGAGGUUCUCCGGGCCCGGGAGGAGGAGACCCGCAGCAUGACGCCUGGAGCACGGGGCUCGCCACGGCUGCCUCCUGCCAGGCUCGCUGCCCAGGUGCCGCCCGGUGCUUCUGUGGCCGCCGCUGCCGUGCCGGUGCCGCCCGCUUCUCCCCACUGCGACGGGCGAGCCCCAGGCGUCGCCUCGCGGCCACGUGGGAAGGCCCGUGGAGCCGCGUGAGUGUCCGUGCGACUUGGAGGGCAGCCCGCGCUCGGCCUCUUCCUUUGGCGAGGAGGUGGCCCUCUCCCCUCGGUCGAGGUGCCCCGUGCUUGCUCCUUUCAACUGCACUGUGCAGAAGCGUUCCCAGCCUCGUGCCUUCUUGGCCUGAACUAAAGGAAGACGUGAUCCGCAGUCCCCCGUUUUCUGAGUUGCUGCAGCUGAGUCCUCACAAGCGAAACCAGACGGUGCUGGCUGGGUGGAAGGGGCCUGUUGGCCCUGGACCCGUUCCCACAGGCCUCCUUUUAUCUGAGAUGAAGAUGAUGUGGAUGGGAAAUGGAUGGGCUUUGUCUUGUGAAGCUUAAAUAAAUUUCUAAAUUUGCAGAUACAAA